AUGGAGGGGGUGUUGGAGACAAGUUUGAACUCUGAAUUUUGGCAUGCUUGCGCAGGAGGAAUUGUUCAAAUGCCGUUAGUGAACUCUAAGGUAUUCUAUUUCCCACAAGGCCAUGCAGAGCACACACUCACUAACAUGGAAUUCCCAGCCUUGCCGAGAAUUCAGCCUAUGAUACUCUGCAGGGUUGCGGAAGUGAAAUUUUUGGCGGACCCUGAAACAGAUGAAGUUUAUGCCAAAAUUAGGUUGAUCCCAGUUGUGAAUAGUGAUUAUAGUUUUGAUGAUGAUGUGGGGUUGGAAGGAAAUGGAUUUGAAUCGAAUGAAAAGCCCAUUUCUUUUGCAAAGACAUUGACUCAAUCUGAUGCGAACAAUGGUGGGGGUUUCUCUGUUCCGAGGUACUGUGCAGAGACUAUAUUUCCUCGGUUGGAUUAUUCGGCUGAUCCGCCUGUCCAGACUGUGAUUGCUAAGGAUGUUCAUGGGAAGACUUGGAAGUUUAGGCAUAUCUAUAGGGGGACUCCGAGGAGGCAUUUAUUGACCACUGGGUGGAGUUCUUUUGUUAAUCAAAAGAAGCUGGUUGCAGGAGAUUCGGUCGUGUUUUUGAGGGCAAAAAAUGGGGAUCUCUGUGUUGGGAUUCGGAGGGCCAAGAGGGAUGACGACAUCGGUGGCCAUGAAUCUUCAUCUGGGUGGAAUUCUAGUGGUGGUGCUGGAAAUUAUAGGUACUUUUCUGCAUUUCUGAAGGAAGAUGAUAGCAAGCUGUUGCACAGAAGCGGCAAUAAUGGGAGCCUAAGGGCGGAGAGGAGCAAAGUGAAGCCUCAAUCAGUUAUGGAGGCUAUAUUUCUUGCCAACAUUGGCCAGCCUUUUGAGGUGGCUUAUUACCCUCGAGCAAGCACGCCAGAGUUUUGUGUAAAGGCUUCCUCCAUAGGUGCUGCACUGAAGAUCCAGUGGUUGUCCGGGAUGAGGUUCAAGAUGGCUUUUGAAACCGAGGAUUCUUCCCGGAUUAGCUGGUUUAUGGGUACUAUAGCUUGCGUUCAGGUUGCUGAUCCCGUUCACUGGCCUAAUUCAUUGUGGCGACUCCUUCAGGUGACGUGGGAUGAACCAGAUAUGCUACAAAAUGUAAAUCGUGUUAGCCCUUGGCUAGUCGAAAUGAUCUCAAAUGUACCAGCCAUUCAUCUCUCACCCUUCUCACCCCCACGAAAGAAGUUGCGUUUACCGCAUUAUCCCAACUUUCCGCUUGAUGGCCAGCUUCCAAUGCCAUCAUUUACGGGCAAUCCUCUUGGGCCAAGCAGUCCCUUAAGUUCUCUAUCCAAUGACAUCAAUGCAGGCAUACAAGGAACCAGGCAUGCUAAGAUUCGAGCUCCGUUCUCAGAUCACCUUAGUAAUAAACUGCAGCAGGGACUUUUACGCCCGAAUUUCCCUCGGCUUGACCUCCAUACUAAAAUUUCUGAUGGUAUUGUCAGAAGCCACCAUGGUAAUGAAGAUAUUUCUUGCUGGUUAAGCAUGGGGAAUUCUAGUCAGAAGUCCAAGAAAACUGAUACUGUAAUGACGCCCCGAUUUGUCCUGUUUGGUCAGCCGAUACUGACCGAGCAACAAAUGUCUCUUGACUGCUCAAGUGACGUUUCUGAAGUAUUAUCAGGAAAGAAUUCUUCAAGUCUUCCAAAAAGUCUGUCUAGUACACAGGUUUUGUCGAAACAGGGCAUUCAUGCAGCUGAGGUUGGGUUGGGCCCAGGGCACUGCAAAGUAUUCUUGGAGUCGGAUGAUGAGGGUCGGAUUCUCCAAUUAUCUGCUCUUGGAUCAUAUGAAGAUCUAUACAAAUUACUUGGAACCAUGUUCGAGAUUGAAAGAUUAGAGAUGCUGAGCCACGUGUUCUAUCAUGAUGCAACUGGUGCUGUUAAACAAGUUGGAGAAGAACCAUUCAGUGAGUUUACAAAGAAAGCAAAAAGAUUGACAAUUCUAAUGAAGCCAGGCACUAGCGAUGUAGAAAGGAAAUUGAUUACUGGUUUGCCAACUGCCGAACGAGGGCUAGAUUCAUCAAACCAGACAGGUCCACCUUGGGCAUAUUUGCUUAGUACGAGCAUUUAA